CCUGAGAAGUCCACAAUAAAACAAGAGCCAACACAUGUAGCAGUUCCUAUCAUAACUCCAAUACCUUUUGCAAUUGCUCCAAUAGCAGCCUUGGACACUCUUGGAAAAAUAGUCAUAUUUCCAGGUUACAUGGAUGAAGGACUUGCAAAGAAAUCAGAUUUCAAAGCCCAACUUCCAAAGCAUGAAGAAAUAACAGAAAACAGGGAAGCACUAAAGAAGGGUUCUAGUGAAUCUUUGGCAACACCGAAAAAGGAGUCAAAGAGAAAAGCAAAAUUCACUGAGUUUGAGAAAGACAAGAUUGGAAUGGAGGUCAAGGCAAAGAGUGAUGCUGAAAUAAUAAAAGAACCGGAAGCCCCAAAACAGGAAAUAAAGAGUGAGAUGGAAGUACCGAAAGCACCUGAAGCCCAAGUAAAGAAAAGUGAUCCAACAGUACCCACAAAACAGGAAUCUGAGAUACGAAAGAGUACCGAGAAAGUACCAAAAGCCCAGGAAUCCCAAGUAAAGAGUGAGACAGAAGUACCAAAAGCCCAGAAAUCCCAAGUAAAGAGGGAGACAGAAGUACUGAAAGCCCAGGAAUCCCAAGUAAAGAGUGAGACAGAAGUACCAAAAGCCCAGGAAUCCCCCCAAGAGAAGAAAAGUGACGAAGAGGCAGCGAAAGGAAAGAAAGCCCAAGAGAAGAAAAGUGACGAAGAGGCAGCGAAAGGAAAGAAAGCUCAAGAGAAGAAAGGUGAGGCAGAAAUGCCAAAAGGAAAGAAAGCCCAAGAAAAGGCGGAUAAAGAAGGAUCUGAAGAUAAAGGAAAGGAGGGAAAAGAAAAGACAGAUACAAAGACAACUCCAGGUAAAAAAGAUGCUAAGAACAAGAAAGAUGAUGAAGAAAAAGACAAAGAAAAGAACGAACCAGAAGCCAAGGGUAAGAAAGUUCCAGGAAAAGGCAAAGGCAAGUAA